GAUCCGGAAGCGUUCCAGUUAAACCCAGAAAAUGUGCUACGUUUGCCAAAAUGGGAAGGUACUCUUGAUGAUACAGCGCUUGUUGAUCUGGCCGAAUUGCUCAAAACAAUACACUUAUCGGAUGUUGAUGACGUAAGGCCUACACUGCAGUACUACAGUCAAUUUGAUGAUCCACUCAAGGAAUUCAGGGAAAGAGCCGCCCGAGUAGCCGAAAUGGAGAAAAUGCAGCAUCAGAUUGAGUCCGAGAAAGAGGCAUAUGUCGCACCGGUGAAGAAAUAUCAGGGUCGACUUUUUGGUUUUCGUAGGCAUGAAUAG